AUGACUCGACGCAGGCAAACUCGCACCCCAGGAGAUCCAUGUUGGCCCUCACUGAGAUUAUGGGAAUCCCUCAAUACAACAGUAUCUGGAAAGCUGGUCCGCAAUCUCCCAGUCGCUAUCUCAUGUUACCCCGGCACCUACGAAGACGAGGAUGAAUGCGCGUAUGUGUAUUCGCAGUGGUCGAAUUCCACUUUCCAACAACUUUCCCCCGUCGGUUACUUUGUUCCUACGGAAGAUGCUUGCCCUCCGAUUGACAUGCGCCAUCAAUCACCUCGCACAUGUACGCUUGGUCCAGCUCCAGUGUAUACCAUCAAUGCAACAGAGCCUGAGGAGGUAGUAGCUGGUAUCAAAUUCGCACAGGAGAAUCAUGUUCGCCUCGUCAUUAGGAAUACAGGGCACGAUAUGUUGGGGAAAUCUGAAGGCUAUGGAGGACUACAGAUUUGGAUCAAGUACAUUCGAAAGGGAAUAUCUUUCCAAGAAAGGUAUACUCCAUCGAAUGGAUGUAGGAGCAGCAAUUGGGCUGGCUCUGCAAUCAUUAUUGGCGGAGGCUAUGUUUGGCGAGAUGUAUACAAAGUUGCCUUUGAGCGCAAUCUCACGGUUGUUGGCGGGGGGACCCGGUUGACCGUUGGUUGCAUUGGAGGUUACACACAGGGUGGGGGGCACUCGCCAGCCAGUCAUGACUACGGGCUUGCCGCAGACCAAGUACUAGAGGCCCAAGUUGUAUUGGCAAAUGGCGAUAUCGUCACAGCGAAUCCUUGUCAGUUUUCGGAUCUGUACUACGCUGUCCGAGGUGGAGGUGGUGGUACUUACGGCGUCGUCACGUCGAUGACUGUCAAAGUAUAUCCCAGCAAGCCUGUUGUCGCACAGUCGCUCGAAAUCACUCCACUAGCCAACGACACGGACUCACUCUUAGACGCGAUUACCGAUGUCUACCAGCAAUAUCCCAAUAUCAUGGAUGCAGGAUUCUCCGGCUAUGGAUCCUGGUCUAUUAACAGCCCUAUGGCGAACCAAACACCUGGCUAUAUGCACGUUGUUGCGGCUAUGAACAAGUCGCUUGUCCAGUCUUUGGAAGUUUUCGAUACACUUUUCCAGACAUUGCAGAAGUAUAACGGUACACUCCUUCAUAUAUCAGUGAUAUGGUAUGAGUUCCCAACGUAUGGGGCAUACUUUCACGCCCUCUCUGGUGUAUCCCAGCCAGUGAGGGCUGGGUCUCCCAACUCGGCUAUGACAUCACAGAUGUUUAGCAAAGCUGCCUUGACGACUAGUCGCCCCUCACUUCGCAACAUGAUUGGUGUCACUGCGGGAAAUUCUGAAGAGUGUGCAUUGACUAAUGUUGAGCUCGUCGGGGGUGGAAAGGUUCUCACUGGAGCAUCUGACAAGUACUCCAGUGUGAAUCCUGCCUGGCGAUCUACCUAUAUUGUCAGCGUCGUGGCUAGAUCUUGGGUGAAUUACUCAUCUGCUCAAAUUGUCGAACAUGAUAUCACUCAUAUCAAGGGAGCCGCUAUGAGAGCGCUCGAUCCAUUCCUUGGAAGCUACAUGAACGAGGCUGACCGCAAUGAUCCCCUAUGGGCGACGGAUUUCUAUGGUACAAACUACGUGUCGUUAGCGCGAAUCAAGAAAAAGUACGAUCCGACGAGUCUAUUCUACUGCCAGACCUGUGUGGGUAGCUCAUCUUGGGCUCAGCGAUAUCUUGAUGGAGCAAAUUACGGCCCUCUUUGUUCUACUGGGCUGUGA